AUGGCGGCCGGUGCUUGUUGGAAACUAUUCUGUGUCGUACUUGGUAUCUUAGAGGCUGCUGUCUACUCUGUCACGUUAUACGGAUGGCCAGCCUUCAUGUACAUAUUCAUAGAGGAAGGGUUUUAUUAUUCACGUUGUGACUUCGAUACUGUUACAAAUGCUACUUAUAACAUGACGAGUGCUGAUUGUUCUGGCCUUGGCAACUGCACACAAGACACAGCCGGAGAGGACCUUAUUCUUAAGUGCACCGAACAAGAAGAGAUGCUCAACCUGGUUUACACAAUCGCUAUGGUCGGUUUAGUGGCACUAUUUUUCCUUGGUUACGUCUAUGAUCACUAUGGAACAGUCUGUUUGAGGAUCGUAUCUAUAUGCUUGUGUGUUGGUGGAGUUAUCCUGAUGGCGUUGACUGAGAAAGGGACAGAAGGGCUGUUAUUCCCUGGGGCUGUAUUUCAUUUAAUGGGAGGCUACCAGUUGGCUAUAACUGACGUCCAGGUGGCCGUAUUGUUUCCUAAGCUAAAGGCGACACUCAUCUGCCUGAUUUCUGGUGCCAUAGACGUUAGCGGUUUUGUCCCUAUUUUGCUGAAGAUGGCGUACCAGGCAGGAGUGUCGUACAAGAUGUGCAUGUUCACAUUUGCCGGUAUCAUACUUCUAAUAUCUUCUGUGAACACAAUCACCCUUCCACCUAGACAGGAUGACGACGGGAACGACAUUGACGCUGCUUGUUAUCUAAAGAUUCUCAAAAGGCACAGAUCCGCCGAAGUCUCUUCCAAACCUAGCACGGAGGCAAGCUUUCCUCUUAUUCAUCAAGGAGGGUUUCUCUGUCACCAAGUAGAUAGGGACGCAAUCCUGGAGAAAGCCCAUGACAAAAAUAACCAUCAUGCUGUAAGCAUUAACACCAGUGAUCAACAAGUGAAAAAUGGCGAACACAGAAAAACGAGUAUUGAUCAAAGUGACCUGAUGGUCCGCGAAGAAGAAAACCCCGACAGCAACGAUGUCGACGACAACACUUACACCAGUUUACUGCAUGGAACGCUACUGCUCAUCAAAAGGCCAACAUUUUGGUUGCUGCUGUUCUGGUUCAUAUGCCAGGAUACCAUCAUUGUCACAUACCAAGGUUGUUUUUACGCGAUCAUCAAUUACUACGGAAACAAUGUCAAAAGUACAGUUAGUAUGUACACGGACGUGUAUUCCUGGUUUCAAGUGGGUUCUCUGUUCUGGGCCUUACCUACUGGUUUGAUGCUAGACAAACUAAUUGCCAGUUCAGCAAAAGAAGGGUACAUGAUCCGCCAUUUUUUUAAAGAAAUUGUUAAAGACCCCUUGCCUCUAGUCGGCGAGGUCCCUCAGGAUAGAUCAAGUUGGAGAGGAAGACUGCGUGUCAGACUGGCCCCACCCUCUGUUGAAGAUUAA